UGCAUGAAAGGCCUUCAAAAUCUGACUCGUAUAUCGAUACGCCGCUGUUCCUCUACAACUACCACCAUGUCCUCCUCUUGGACCGCACCCAGAAUUCGAGAAGAAUUUUUCAACUUUUUCCGUUCAAGAAACCACACAUUCGUUCCUUCUUCCUCAACAAUCCCGUAUGAAGACCCAACUCUACUCUUCGCAAAUGCUGGUAUGAACCAGUAUAAAUCCAUCUUCCUUGGAACAGUCGACCCGAAUUCAGAUCUGUCUAAACUUAAACGUGCCUUCAAUUCCCAAAAGUGCAUUCGGGCUGGAGGGAAACACAACGAUUUAGACGACGUAGGAAAAGAUUCGUAUCAUCAUACCUUCUUCGAAAUGUUAGGGAACUGGUCUUUUGGAGACUAUUUCAAAAAAGAAGCCAUCGCGUACUCUUGGGAGCUCCUGACAGAGGUUUACAAGCUUCCCAAAGACCGGCUUUAUGUCACGUACUUUGAAGGCGAUCCCAAAAACAACUUGGUACCUGACAUCGAAGCGAAACAGUACUGGUUAGACCAGGGGGUACCGGAAGAUCAUAUAUUACCAGGAGAUGCGAAGGAUAACUUUUGGGAGAUGGGUGCUACCGGGCCUUGUGGUCCAUGUAGUGAAAUACAUUACGACCGAAUCGGUGGUCGGAACGCUGCUAAACUGGUCAAUCAAGAUGAUCCCGAUGUAUUGGAGAUUUGGAACAAUGUCUUCAUUCAAUUCAACCGCGAGGAUGAUGGUUCUCUCAAGCCCUUACCAUCGAAGCAUGUCGAUACUGGCAUGGGAUUUGAACGUCUAGUCUCGGUCAUUCAAGACAAACGUUCAAACUACGACACGGAUGUUUUCUUUCCAAUAUUCGAAAAGAUACAAGCCAUGACUGGCGCUCGCUCUUACCAGGGCCGAUUUGGUGACAAUGAUGCCGACGGAAUAGAUACCGCGUACCGCGUUGUCGCGGACCAUGUCAGAACCCUGACCUUUGCUCUCAGUGACGGGGGUGUACCCAACAAAGACGGUCGUGGUUACGUAUUGCGGAGAAUAUUGCGCAGAGGUGCCCGAUAUGCAAGGAAGAAACUUGGUGUUGAGAUUGGAUCUUUCUUCUCAUCUCUGGUUCCUGUCGUGGUCGAGAAUAUGGGCAACGUCUUCCCAGAGAUAACGAAGAAAGUUGACGAGAUUAAGGAAAUUCUCGACGAAGAGGAGCAGUCAUUCUCCCGCACUUUGGAUCGAGGAGAGAAAUUAUUCGAACACUACGCCUCUCGUGCAAAACAGCAAGGAACCAAAGAGCUAAACGGCAAAGACAUAUGGCGGUUAUACGAUACUUACGGCUUCCCCGUGGACCUCACUCGCUUGAUGGCUGAGGAACUUCAAUUGGAAAUCAACGAGCAGGAGUUCCUGGCUGCUCAGCAAGCGUCUAAAGAAGCGAGUAAGGCAACUUUCAAGAAGGGAGAGACAGAUAUCAUCAAGUUAGAUGUGCAUGAUAUCGCCGUUCUUGAGAGGGAUAGUGGCGUUCCAAAGACGGACGAUUCUGCUAAAUACAGUUUUGGAAAUAUCAACGCUGUUGUCAAGGCCAUCUUCUAUAACAAAUCGUUCUUGCAAUCCACAUCAGAUAUACCUCUUGAGACUAGCUUUGGUGUACUCCUUGAUAAGACUAGUUUCUACGCAGAAGCUGGAGGACAGGAAUAUGACACAGGAAAUAUCGUCAUAGACGGUGUUGCCGACUUUGCGGUCACCAACGUGCAGGUCUAUAAUGGCUAUGUCGUGCACACUGGUCAUCUUAAGUACGGACGGCUUGAAGUAGGGAACGAGGUUAUUUCUUCUUACGACGAGCUUCGACGUUGGCCGUUGCGAAAUAACCACACAGCCACCCACAUAUUGAACUUCUGUCUUCGUGAAGUUUUAGGUGAUCAUAUAGACCAAAAGGGAUCUCUGGUCGCUCCUACCAAAUUACGAUUUGAUCUCUCGCAUAAAGCCCAAAUAACGAACACUGAGCUCCAAAAAAUCGAGUCGAUGUCAUUGGAUUGGAUACGCAAGAACGUCAAGGUCUUCAGCAAGGACCUCAACCUCCGGGAAGCAUAUAAAAUUCCGGGACUUCGUGCCGUCUUUGGCGAAGCGUACCCCGACCCAGUCCGCGUUGUCUCACUCGAGUACGAUGUAGACGACAUCGCCAAGGAUCUAGAAAACCCUCAGUGGCGCAAGACCAGUGUGGAGUUCUGCGGUGGAACGCAUGUCGCCAAAACGGGUGAUAUCAAGAAUUUUGUGAUCACGGAAGAGUCUGGUAUUGCCAAGGGUAUUCGUCGAAUUACCGCGGUGACCGGUCAUGAAGCACAAGAAGUCACUCGUAUAGCCCAGGGUCUGCAGGCGAGGUUGGAGCAAGUCAAUGAUAUGGUCGGUAAAGAAAAGGAUGGUCAUCUCAAGGCCCUCAACGUCGAAGUAGGACAGUCUGAUAUCUCUGUCAUCAAAAAGACGGAAUUGAGGGAUCGGCUUGCAGUCAUGCGGAAGGUCUUUGACAAGCAGAUCAAGGAGAAGGAGGCCUCUGCCGGGAAAGCUGCGCUGGAGGAUUUCCAAGAAUUCCUCAAGACCAACGCGGAUGCGGAGGCGUACAUUAAGAACCUCGAUGUCGGUGGCAACGCAAAGAUCCUUCAAAGCCUGGUAGUACAAGCUAAGAAGUCCGGGAAAACGAUUUAUGUCUUUAGUGUCGACAGUGAGGCUAGCAAAGUAGCUCAUGUUAACUAUGUGUCACCCUCUUUGAAAGCCAAGGGGGUUGAUGCUCGGACAUGGGCACAGCGCAUCACCGAGAUACUAGGUGGCAAGGCUGGGGGCAAGGAAGAUUCUGCCCAGGGGAUAGGAAGUAACGUGUUGGAAGUUGACACUGCACUCGCUGCUGCGAAGGAAUUUUUGACGCAUUAGACCAUA